CGUUCCAACAAGACAAAGACACAGUGAGCAGAAAAACGAUGGGGAAACUUUUAUUUGCAGUAGUCGUUCUGGCUGUCGUUGUGGCAGCUUCGUAUGGUCAGUGCACUGUGAGCUACAGAAAACCCGAUAUAAAACCGUGUCCUGAAGAUACAAAUGAUGAUGGUAAGGACUGCUGGCGAGGAUCUUACGGAAGAGGAGUAGGCCGGCUUCCAGACAAAGCACCUUGUCCAUCGGGACAAAGGGACGAUGGCACAAGUUGCUGGAGUGAUGCACAUAUCUAUGUCAAAGGUUGUUGCUGUACUAUUUGGGGAUGCUGUGACAAUUGCAAAGCCGGAUACAAUGACGACGGCUGCACCUGUCGAAAAACUGAUGUCGGUAUCAAACUGACAUUGUUCCAAAGGUAUCGUUGUAAGAGUGGCGAGGAAAUGUACGGCCAUUUGUGCUACCCUAAAUGUAAAAAGGGAUAUAACGCAACCGGAUGUUGCAUCUGUGUUCCUCGUGGGAAGAUAGGCGUUGAAAUAUGGGCCAAAGAUCGAAAAUAUUGCAAAGACGGAUCACCACUGGUCAAUGGACAAUGUAAAGUUAAAAAAUGCACAUAAGGCCUAAAAUGUUUGUUUCCGGUAUUCCGACAUACCCUGAUUUUUUUUCGCCCGAUCCUAAAUGUUUUUAUUACCUUGGAUAUUUAUUUUUCAAUUUUCAACAAAAAGUUGCAAAGCUGCACUUUGUAUGCCUUAAACAUGAUCAGUGAUGUUAGAAAUCAACUUACUGAUGCUCUCAAUGCAUAACCCUCUUAUUUGUAUUCAUCUUUUUAAACAAAAAUAAUUUUCGAAAAGUCCCCCUAACCCCCCCCCCCACCCCCGAAAAAAAAACAACACACACACACACACGUAUACAAAAAAUACCGGAAACAACCUACGUUUUUUAGGCGUAAGAACUCUCUCUUCAAAAACAUUAAAGUGAAAUCGACACAGUUUAAAACGAUAUUGGACAAAAAUCAUGCCGACUUUUUAUUAAAUGAAAUGAAUUAUUACAAUCAUCAUUAAACAAAAUAUAAAUAAAUACAAGCGAAAGAAAUGAAAUAUGCUCCGUAAAAAAAUAAAAAACAAUUUAAAUUUUACAUGGUUAUUAGCAACAUUUCUGUUCUAUUUACAAGGAAGGAAUCAAUAUGAUUAUAUUUUGAUAUUGAUCACGGAAAUUUAUCUUCCCAUAGUAGAAUACCAUAAAGUUAACUGGCUGUCUAGUACUUACAUUUGUUGCUAUAUAUCUCUUUUGUUUUGGUCAUUUUUUUCACGUAAUUCGAAAUGUAGAUCUAAGCUAUGAGCUAUAUAUAUCUAUUAUAUACCUAUAAAACUUUUGUCGAAACUACACAUGAUUUUCACAAAUAAAUAUGAAC